CCUUACUCCCAGCAAACGGGCGAUAGAAACCCGAUCGGUGCCUACGACAUUCCCAAUAUGCGCUGGCAUUUUUUUUUUUGAUGAUGCCCGUGAUGCCGCCCACCACCACGAUGCCGCCCCGGGCAACCGCCCGUGUCGCCCGUAUCAAAAACCGCUACUGAUGACCGUAAAUAAAUGUCAGACUUACAGCUCCUGUUUUACCGCAUUAAAGCGAUCAGAUGAUUUCAGCGCUUUGACAUGGAUGGUAGUGAAACCAGGAAAUGACAAACGUAGCACAGCAGCAGCGUUUCACACGUCUGAGUUGGAAACACAAAAUCUGGUAUGAACAUCAUUCACAAAACAGCUCCCAGCUUCUUUUGCUCGGCUACAGUUUGGAUGGAUUUGCAUUUAAAGAUGCAAAGAGACUAAAAUGGUUAGGGUCAGGAGGUCAAAGAUCAGAGCUCCUGUGGGUCUGAGGGCAGCUUCACGCUGGAGAAGGAUGAAGGAGUCUGACCUGAGCCAGUGUUUGACAUGAACACAUCAGCACUGCUAUCAGUGAGCCUAACGACAGCUGUUAGCAUCAUUUCAGUGUUUCAGUCUGUGACAAAGAAAACCAGCAGAUAAAAUCACCUUUGGACAACCUGCCAGAGAUUUGGGAGUUUCCCACGUGCACCUGAAUGCAGCACUGACAGUUUCUCAAACGCCUCUCUGACUCUUUCCUUCCUGCUCAAAGUUCCUUUUUUUUCCUUGGUGUUUGUGGCUGAUGCUGAUCGUCUCCGUGUGAAGCUCCGUGUGAAGGUAACCUUCGCAGUGUGUAAUGUUUCCUGGCUAACAUCAGCUGUGUGCGGCUUAGUUUCAGCACGCACAGCACACAUCUGCCGCUCCAUAGUUCACGGUAACGGACUCACAGCUGGACCAACGAGGCCGACCGUUAAACUGUUGCCUUGCUGAUAGCCUCUGUGUGGACAGGGUGGAGUUCAACAUGUGGGCGUAGAUGGAGGGAGCAGCUGUGUAGGUGGACAGGUUUAUUUCUGGACUCCUGCUGAUGGUUUCUAUUGCGGGUUUGCACAUGACGUCAUGCUGUCAAGGUGUGUGCAGCACUCAUCGAGGACAGAAAGAGAAUCUUUUUUUCAUCUCUUUCCUGUUUCUGACAGAAGACGAGGAACAAAAACAUGAUAAUUAACAGAUACAGUCAUCAGAUAAACAGUAUAAAAGUAUUCACCACCUUCAGCUUCUCCCUUCCAUCUGAAACUCUUCCUCCUCACUGAAGUUAGGCUUCUAAUGUGAAAAAUCCUACAUGAAUAUACUUGAUUCAUCUCGAUAUUGCCUCAAUUAGUCAGCAGCUCGAAUAACUGUGGUUUUCAGGGUUUUCCAUACCUACUCCACUGGGGUUGCAAGGUGAUCCAAGCAGGUGCUAAAAUGUGGCAUUGCCAGGCUGUAUGCCACUGACUGACUGAUUCACUGUCACCACAACAUGUGUCAUGAGACAGUCUCCUUCAAACAAAUCAAACUCACCAUGUUUAAGAUGGCAGUGAAAGAAACGGAUGGGCAGAAAGCAGCACUGUGGUCAAAUGAAGAGGUGCAGACCUUUUUGUGCACAGUGGCUGAAGAAAAAAUUCAGAUGAAGCUGGAUGAAGUGAUCCGCAUUGCAAAGGUUGGCUGCUAAAGGGACCAAUGCACAGUAACCAGUGGCUUUAAAAACGUUAAAAACUGAAAAGUGAUUACCGGGCCAUCAAGGACCACAAUGGCCGACGUGGGUCCAACAGACAGGACAGGAAGUGGUUUAAUCAAACGGGCGUCAUUUAUGGGCACUGACCAGCGAGCACCUGGAGUGAGAGUGGCCUCGACUCACUGCUGGAGAACAUGGUGACGUUUGUGAGUGCUUUGUGUGUUUAAUCAUAAUAUAGUACCAUUGGUGAUGUGUUCACUUUGAACAAGCCAUGUUUCAGUAACACUGUUGUCUCAGAUAAAAAGCUAGCUAGUUCCCUGUUUGUGCUAACUCCAUCCUCUGCUAGUUUUCUGUGCUUACUGAGAGAACAACAUAAAGCAACAGCUGAAGAACUACGCUUUCCCCCAGUUUAAUGUCAUUUGUGUCCUUUUGCUGUGAAACCUUUUCUACAUGCGAGGGCUUUUCAUACAUUUGGAUUAGCAUGGACCUCCAAGCUCCCCUGUUUGUGCUCCAGCUGCAGUUGGUGCAGCAACGCAGACACUGCAAUGCCCCAUCACUGGUAGAAAGUGUGUGUGAGCUGAUGUGAGCAGCAUGGAUCAGUGUGAGGACAGAGAGGAGCGAGUCCCUCCCUCUAAAACCACUCUGUGUGGGGAACAUGAGAGCCAGACCAAAGCUCAGAGGAACCCACCUGGACCUCCACCCAGCUCUGUGUCCUUACAGAGUGACCGAGUAAAAAAAUUGAUCAAUAAAUUUGAACAAAGAAGGUUGUCUGAGAAAAAGCUCCAUCAGAGACUCAAACCUGGACCUAAACCCAGCUGUGUGUCCUUAAAGAGCGACCAGUCUGAAUAUCGCGUGAUUAAGUUUAAAGUCCAGCCUCCGUCUGCUGCGGAGAGAGUGGACCAGGAGAGCGCAGAGGUUCGAACUGGUCAGUCUGCCCAUCAAACACACCUGGACUCCAUAUUUAUGCUGCUGGAGGACAACAUCAUCACUUUUGUGAAGAACGAGCUGAAGAAGAUCCAGAAGGUUCUAAGUCCAGAUUACCCAGAAUGCUUAGAGAGUCAAAGGGAAGAAGAAGAACAGAGGAAGACGACCAGAGAAACUUUUGUGAAGAUCACACUGGACUUUCUGAGGAGCAUGAAACAUGACGAGCUGGCUGACCGUCUGCAGAGCAGAAUUCCCAUUGGAGCUUUUCAACAUCAUCUCAAAUCUUUCUUGUCAAAGAAGUUCCAGCAUGUGUUUGAGGGCAUUGCUAAAGCAGGAAGCCCAACCCUUCUGAAUCAGAUCUACACAGAGCUCUACAUCACAGAGGGAGGGACUGCAGAGGUCAAUGAUGAACAUGAGGUCAGACAGAUGGAAACAGCAUCUUGGAAAACAGACAGACCAGAAACAACCAUCAGACAAGAAGACAUCUUUAAAGCCUCACCUGGAAGAGAUGAACCAAUCAGAACAGUGCUGACAAAGGGAGUGGCUGGCAUUGGGAAAACUGUCCUAACACAGAAGUUCACCCUGGACUGGGCUGAAGGCAAAGCCAACCAGGACUUCCAGUUCAUAUUCCCAUUCACUUUCAGAGAGCUGAAUGUGCUGAAAGAGGAAAAGUUCAGCUUGGUGGGACUUGUUCAUCACUUCUUUACUGAAACCAAAGAAGCAGGAAUCUGCAGCUUUGAAGACUUCCAGGUUGUGUUCAUCUUUGAUGGUCUGGAUGAGUGUCGACUUCCUCUGGACUUCCACAAAACUACAAUCCUGACUGACCCUAGAAAGUCCACCUCAGUGGAUGUGCUGCUGAUAAACCUCAUCAGGGGGAAACUGCUUCCCUCUGCUCGCCUCUGGAUAACCACACGACCUGCUGCAGCCAAUCAGAUCCCUCCUGACUGUGUUGGCAUGGUGACAGAGGUCAGAGGGUUCACUGACCCACAGAAGGAGGAGUACUUCAGGAAGAGAAUUGGAGAUAAGAAGCAGUCCAGCAGGAUCAUCUCCCACAUCAUGACAUCACGAAGCCUCCACAUCAUGUGUCAGAUCCCAGUCUUCUGCUGGAUCACUGCUACAGUUCUGGAGGAUCACCUGGCCAGAGAGGGAGGACAGCUGCCCAAGACCCUGACUGAGAUGUACAUCCACUUCCUGGUGGUUCAGGCCAAAGUGAAGAAGGUCAAGUAUGAUGGAGGAGCUGAGACAGAUCCACACUGGAGUCCAGCGAGCAGGAAGAUGAUGGAGUCUCUGGGAAAACUGGCUUUUGAUCAGCUGCAGAAAGGAAACCUGAUCUUCUAUGAAUCAGACCUGACAGAGUGUGGCAUCGAUAUCAGAGCAGCCUCAGUGUACUCAGGAGUGUUCACACAGAUCUUUAAAGAGGAGAGAGGACUGUACCAGGACAAGGUGUUCUGCUUCAUCCAUCUGAGUGUUCAGGAGUUUCUGGCUGCUCUUCAUGUCCAUCUGACCUUCAUCAACUCUGGACUCAAUCUGCUGGAAGAACAACAAACAACCUCCAAGAACUCUGACACAAGAGAAUCUACAGAGAAAAACUUCUACCAAACUGCUGUGGACAAGGCCUUACACAGUCCAAAUGGACACCUGGACUUGUUCCUCCGCUUCCUCCUGGGUCUUUCACUGCAGACCAAUCAGACCCUCCUACGAGGCCUGCUGACACAGACAGGAAGUAGCUCACAGACCAAUCAGGAAACAGUCAAGUACAUUAAGGAGAACCUAAACGAGAAUCUGUCUGCAGAGAAAAGCAUCAAUCUGUUCCACUGUCUGAAUGAAUUAAAUGAUCGUUCUCUAGUGGAGGAGAUCCAGCAGUCCUUGAGUUCAGGAAGUCUCUCCACAGAUCAACUGUCUCCUGCUCAGUGGUCAGCUCUGGUCUUCAUCUUACUGUCAUCAGAAAAAAAUCUGUUUGAGUUUGAACUGAAUAAAUACUCUGCUUCAGAGGAGGCUCUUCUGAGGCUGCUGCCAGUGGUCAAAGCCUCCAACAAAGCUCUGUAA